UCUGGUGUCCACCCACUCAAAAUUGCGAAAACUCGGAGCUCUGCGGUCAAAACCAAAUCCAACUUCGUUUCUAGGGUUUCUCUCUUCGCCAUCAAAACCCUAGACUUCUCCAACCUCUCUCCCUCUCCAUCGAUGAUCCGCCGGAGUUGGAGAUGAGAGACAACAUGGAUACGGCGUCGGAGGAGCUCGAGCGGCGAAGCAAGUACCUCAGCUCGCUGAUCCAGAAGACUAAGAUCAAGUCUGAUGGUGUUGAGGAGGAGAAGAGAGAGAAGGAUGGGAAGGAUAACCACCAGCCGGAACAGCAGCAGCAGCAGCAGCAGCAGAAGCAGCCCGUACGGGUCAGAGCCGCCGAUAUGGCCCCGGCUUUGCAGCGCCGCGCCUUCCGGUGCGCACGGGAAGUCCUUGCCUCCAUGCCCAAGCUUGAUAGCAAGCGCCUUGCCCUUGCCCUCAAGAAAGAAUUUGAUACAUCAUACGGUCCAGCGUGGCAUUGCAUCGUCGGGACAAGCUUUGGCUCCUAUGUUACCCAUUCAUUGGGAGGUUUCUUAUACUUCUCCAUUGAUAAGGUCUAUAUCCUUCUCUUCAGGACAGCUGUCGAACCAUUAGAUCAUUAAUCGACAUGAAUCAAAAAUCAUGGUUCAAAUCAAUCAUAUAUAUAAGUGCCCGAAUGCCAAACUUGUUGAUCAACCUUAGAAAUGCAACGCGUGUGUAAUCUUCUCUCUUGUAAAAAUGCCAUGCACACAUCGCAAAUCGAAAUGAAAUGUACCUUUUAUCUGGUUUUGACAUUCAAAAACUCAUGUUACAAUACAAUGUGUUUUGGUUACAUUUUUCGGAUCUA